AUGAUCUUGUUGCUCCUUGUUACGACAUUUGGGCAUGUAUUGGACUUGAAAACACCGAUAGACCCGGAGAAGAUAAGCGAGUUUUAUAGGUUUGAGGGAUCGACACAAAUUCUAAGCGAUCGAAUUAUUUUGACGCCUGACGUGAACGACAAGUCGGGAAGACUCACAUCACUCAGAAGAAUCAAAUCAAAUGCAUUCAAAGUAGAGAUCGAACUGAAUGUCUAUACACAGAAGAGAAUCAUGGGAGACGGUGUUGGCAUUUGGUUUACUAACACCCAAAUAUUUCAGGGAGAGGCCCAUGGGGGUCCGACGGACUGGAAGGGAUUUGCACUCUUCAUAGACACAUAUGACAAUGAUAGAAACAAAGACACACCACUUGUUCUUGGGAUUCAGAACAACAAUGACAAGGUCUUUAAAGACGACAAUGACGGGACUGAUAUCGCUAACGCAAAAUGCACAUUUAGAGAGCUUUCAAAUAACAAAGACUUGAAAACAAAGGUGACGAUCACAUAUUCCCAAAAUACAAUUAGUGUUACUUUGGAAAACAAGGACGCUAAAGUCGAUUGUUUUACGACGGAAAAUAUCAAUUUGGAAGAACCGUUUUUGAGCUUCAGCGCAAAGACCGGGGGAGUGUCACAAUUGUCGCAAAUCUUUGGGGUGAGUGUCACUGAAUUACCGCAAAACCAAGACACCCGUUCAAAAAAAUACAAAGAACAAAAUUUCAAACAAACAGACGAGAAAAUCGAUGAAGGCCUUCUCUUCAAGAAUGAAAAAGAUGAGGAACUGAAAAUUAAGAACGGAGCGGAGGUGAUCAAUAAAAAGCUAGACGAGCUCAAAACAAGAGUCGAGGAAAUAAGUAAAACAGCCAACAUCAAUAAUGAGAAGUUUAAUAACAUCCACCAAACACUUAUUAAGAUGGUUGAGAAAGCUAAAAAGGGUGAAGAGACUUUCGACGUGAAUUUGUUGAUAACACAAUUUGAUAACCUCCAAAAGUUUUACGAUUUGGUGUUGAGUGAGAGUAAAAGGACGAUCGAUGCUUCACAGAGACUGGUGAGGUACAUACAGAGUCCGACUAGUCUCAAACAAGAAAGCCACAUGUUGUUCUGGGGUAUUGUGAUUGUUGUACACAUCGGCGUUGUGCUGGCACUCGCGUAUCUUUACUAUUUCAAUCAACAGAAACAAAACAGGAAAAACUUGUAA